GUGGCGGCGGCGGCGGCGGGGACACGAGCACAACGCGGCGCAGCCCAGCCCAGCCCGAGCGCGGACCCGGCGCCCGCAGCCCCGGCGCCGCCAUGGUGGAGGCGGCGCCCGCGGGGCCCGGGCCGCUGCGGAGGACCUUCCUGGUGCCGGAGAUCAAGUCGCUGGACCAGUACGAUUUCUCGCGGGCCAAGGCGGCGGCGAGCCUGGCGUGGGUGCUGCGGGCAGCGUUCGGGGGCGCAGAGCACGUGCCCUCGGAGCUGUGGGAACCUUUCUAUACAGACCAGUACGCGCAGGAGCACGUGAAGCCCCCGGUGACGCGGCUGCUGCUCUCCGCUGAGCUCUACUGCCGGGCCUGGCGCCAGGCAUUGCCUCAGCUGGAGGCACCUCCCAGCCCCUCUGCUUUGCUGGCCCUGCUGGCGCGGAGAGCCUCAGUGCCCUCCCUUCCUGAGCGCCCAGUGCGCGAGGCUGACCUGAGACACCAGCCCAUUCUCAUGGGAGCCCACCUAGCCGUCAUUGACGCCCUCAUGGUUGCCUUCGCCUUCGAGUGGACAAAGACGCUGCCUGGCCCCUUGGCCCUGACCAGCCUGGAGCACAAGCUCCUUUUCUGGGUGGACUCGACCGUCCGACGGCUGCAGGAGAAGACAGAGCAAGAAGCGGCUCAGCGUGCGUCCCCCGCAGCCCCUACAGAUGGGACGGCCCCAGCGCAACCCUCGUGCCCCACACGCUGGUACUGGAAGCUGGUUCCUCACGCAAUUGCCUUCUGUUUGAAGGAGUCGGGGAGCAAACCCCCCAUGAUCCGAUACCGCAAAGACCGGGCUGUGGCACGACGUGCUCCCUGCUUCCCAAACGUGACGACCCUCCAGGACCUGGCGAAUGGGGCGGCGCUAGCUGCUACUAUCCACUGCUAUUGUCCCCAGUUGUUACGACUUGAGGAGGUAUGCCUCAAGGACCCCAUGUCGGUGGCAGACAGCCUGUACAAUCUCCAGCUGGUGCAGGAUUUCUGUGCCUCCCGCCUUCCUCGUGGCUGCCCGCUGUCCCUCGAGGACUUACUUUAUGUCCCACCACCCCUCAAGGUCAACUUGGUGGUGCUGCUAGCUGAAAUGUUCAUGUGCUUUGAGGUGCUGAAGCCUGACUUUGUGCAGGCCAAGGACUUGCCUGACGGCCAUGCCACUUCCCCGCAGGCCACGGAGGCCUCCCCAUCUCUGAAUAACAGUGGCAGCAGCUCUCCUGUGUUCAACUUCCGCCACCCACUUCUGUCACCUGGUGGCCCCCAGUCUCCACUCCGAGGAUCCACAGGCUCCCUGAAGUCCUCUCCGUCCAUGUCCCACAUGGAGGCCCUUGGCAAGGCCUGGAACCGUCAGCUCAGCCGUCCCCUCUCCCAGGCUGUGUCGUUCAGCACUCCCUUUGGCCUGGACAGCGACGUGGAUGUCGUCAUGGGAGAUCCUGUCCUACUCCGCUCUGUCAGCUCGGACAGUCUGGGCCCCCCACGUCCUGUGCCAGCCCGGACCCCUGCCCAGCAAACCCCAGAGCCUGGUGACCUGCCCACUAUCGAGGAGGCCUUGCAGAUCAUCCACAGUGCCGAGCCUCGGCUGCUCCCGGAUGGGGCUGCCGAUGGCAGCUUCUACCUCCACUCCCCCGAGGCACCCUCCAAACCACAACUGUCCUCUUCCUUCCCGUCUGAUGGGCCCACCAAAGCACCUGUCUAUAUAUCCCACCCUGAGUCCCCCUCGAAACCAUCUCCCUGCUCAGCAGGGGAGAUACUGAAACCACCAGCCCCAUCUGAGGGGUCCCCAAAGGUGGUAGCUUCAUCCCCGGCAGCCACAAACUCCGAAGUGAAGAUGACCAAUUUUGCUGAACGUAAGAAGCAGCUGGUGAAGGCUGAGGCUGAGGCUGGAGUGGCACCCCCCACAUCCACUCCAGCAGCCUCUGAGGCCCUGAGCUCAGAGAUGAGUGAGCUGGGAGCCCGGCUGGAAGAGAAACGCCGGGCCAUCGAGGCCCAAAAGCGACGCAUUGAGGCCAUCUUUGCCAAGCACCGCCAACGAUUGGGCAAGAGUGCCUUCCUGCAGGUGCAGCCACGGGAGGCUGCAGGGGAGGCCGAGGCAGAGGCUGAGCCAGGCUCAGUCCCUGGUGGGGAACGGCCAGCUGGUGAAGGCCAGGGUGAACCAUCUCCACGGCCUAAGUCAGUGACCUUCUCUCCAGAGCUGGGCCCAGUGCCCCCCGAAGGCCUAGGGGACUACAACCGAGCGGUCAGCAAGCUGAGCGCUGCCUUGAGCUCGCUGCAAAAGGACAUGCAGAGGCUCACGGACCAGCAACAGCGGCUUCUGGCCCCACCAGAGGCUCCCGGACCUGCCCCACCACCUGCAGCAUGGGUCAUCCCUGCCCCGACAACUGGGCCCAAAGCUGCAUCCCCUAGCCCUGCCCGGCGUGCCCCAGCCGCCCGGCGCAGCCCAGGGCCUGGCCCCAGCCCGACAUCCCGCAGCCCAAAACAUGCACGGCCAGCAGAGCUGCGGCUGACACCCCUAACGAGGGUGCUCACACCACCCCACGAUGUAGACAGCCUCCCCCAUCUGCGCAAGUUCUCGCCGAGCCAGGUGCCUGUACAGACACGAUCCUCAAUCCUCCUGGCGGAGGGGACACCUCCUGAGGAGCCUGUGGCCCGGCCUGGCCUUAUUGAGAUCCCCCUGGGCAGCCUGGGAGAGCCUUCCGCUGACAAUGAGGGAGAUGGGAGCCCCCCUGGGGCUGAAGAUUCCCUAGAGGAAGAGGCGUCUUCUGAGGGAGAGCCCCGGGCUGGGCUUGGAUUCUUCUAUAAGGAUGAAGACAAGCCUGAGGACGAGAUGGCUCAAAAGCGGGCCAGCCUGUUGGAGCGGCAGCAACGGCGGGUGGAGGAAGCCCGGCAGCGUAAACAGUGGCAGGAGGCUGAGAAGGAGCAGCGGAGGGAGGAGGCUGUGAGGCUGGCCCAGGAGGAGGCCUUGGGCCCAGUCCCCACAGUCCCCACGGCGACCCAGGCCCCUGCAGCCCGAGCCACGGCUGAGGAGGAGGUGGGCACCCGUCGAGGGGACUUCACGAGGCUUGAGUAUGAGCGCCGGGCCCAGCUGAAGCUGAUGGAUGACCUUGACAAGGUGCUGCGGCCCCGGGCCACUGGGACCGGGGGACCGGGUCGGGGCGGGCGGAGGGCCCCCCGGCCACGCUCUGGUUGCUGUGAUGACUCGGCCCUGGCACGAAGCCCAGCCCGCGGCCUGCUGGGCUCUCGGCUCAGCAAGAUCUACUCCCAGUCCACACUGUCCCUGUCCACUGUGGCCAAUGAGACCCCCCAUAACCUUGGUGUGAAGAGGCCCACAUCUCGAGCUCCAUCACCGUCCGGCCUCACGUCCCCAAGCCGCCUGCCUGGCAGCCGAGAACGUGACUGGGAGAACGGCAGCAACGCCUCGUCCCCGGCGUCCGUGCCUGAGUACACAGGUCCACGGCUGUACAAGGAGCCCAGUGCCAAGUCCAACAAGUUCAUCAUUCACAACGCCCUGUCGCAUUGCUGCCUGGCAGGCAAGGUGAACGAACCGCAGAAGAACCGCAUUCUGGAGGAAAUUGAGAAGAGCAAGGCCAAUCACUUCCUGAUCCUCUUCCGGGACUCAAGCUGCCAGUUCCGGGCACUGUACACGCUGUCUGGGGAGACGGAAGAGCUGUCGCGGCUGGCGGGCUAUGGGCCCCGCACUGUCACUCCCGCCAUGGUUGAAGGCAUCUACAAGUACAACUCGGACCGCAAGCGCUUCACCCAAAUCCCCGCUAAGACCAUGUCCAUGAGCGUGGAUGCCUUCACCAUCCAGGGACACCUCUGGCAGAGCAAGAAGCCCACCACACCCAAGAAGGGUGGUGGCACCCCCAAAUAGCCCUGCUCUGGACCAUGCACCGGCUGGGCCCUGUGUGCUCUGGCCGUCCUCCUAGAAGACAGUCAGUCCAUAUCCCUGGGGUCCUGUCUGUCCCCAACCUUGUCUGGGUGGGGCUGGAGUCCCCACCCCCUAACUGAGUCUGGUCCUGCUGUGGGGACUGAGCUGGGGGUUCAAGGACUCAGGGCUCAGCUCAGUCCCCUUGUCUGUUCUCCCUACCUUGUUGAAUAAAAUAAAGAGAAGUUGA